CCCAUGAGACACUUGCGAGAUGCAGUAGAUGCCUCUCGACUGGGGCAGCCGCUCUGGGCGCGGCGGCGUGCAGGGGGUUUGUGCAAACAUUUUCUGGCUGUAGAGACAGGAAUGCAAGAGGGGGCAGCCUGGGGUACUUCUUGGGCUGUUGGCGCGAUGUGCCGGCACUUGUGACCGCGGCGACGGGAAGAUGAAGAUGAGGCCGGAACGGAGCCGGGCGGGGCCCGGGAGGAGGCGAGCGGGGCUCUUGCCUGAAGCCCACGGGCUGCCCACGGGCAUCCCUGCCGCCUGGGGGGCCAGGCCUCUCCCCUCCCGGAGGAAGCGCGCUCUCCGGACUCCUGUGAGGCCCUUCAUGGCCCUGCUGUUUCUGGUUUCCAUCAAGCAAGUUACAGGCUCUCUCCUUGAGGAGACAACACGGAAGUGGGCUCAGUACAAAGAGAAGUGUCUGAAAGACUUACUCAAGGAAACUUCCGACACAGUGUGUAACGGGACCUUCGAUCGGUAUAUAUGCUGGCCUCAUUCCUCUGCCGGAAACGUCUCUGUUCCCUGCCCCUCAUACUUACCUUGGUGGCGUGAAGAGAACUCUGGAAGGGCCUACCGAUACUGCCUGCCUCGGGGCUCCUGGCAGACGCUGCAGAACUCCACGGAUGUUUGGCAGGACAACUCCCAGUGCUCCGAGGACCACAGCUUCAAACAAAAUGUGGAGCACCACCACGCCUUGCUGUCGACCCUGCAGCUGCUGUACACGGUGGGCUACUCCCUCUCCACCGCCUCCCUCUUCCUGGCUCUGACCCUCCUCUUGUGUCUUCGAAAACUCCACUGCACACGCAACUACAUCCACAUGAACCUGUUUGCCUCUUUCAUCCUGAAAGCCGUGGCCGUGCUGGCGAAGGACGUCAUCUUUGACAGCUCUUACUCCAAGAGGCCCGACAGUGAGAAAGAGUGGCUGUCCUACGUGUCGGAGAUGUCCCCCUCCUGCCGCACGGCCCAGGUUCUCCUGCACUACUUCGUGGGCGCCAAUUACUCGUGGCUGCUGGUAGAGGGCCUUUACCUCCACACGCUGCUGGAGCCCAUCGCGCUCUCUGAAAAGCGCCUGUGGCCCAGAUACCUGCUGGUGGGUUGGGCCUUCCCGGUGCUCUUUGUUGUCCCCUGGAGCGUGGCCCGUGCAAAGCUGGAGAACACAGGGUGCUGGGGAACCAACCGGAAUAAAAAUAUCUGGUGGAUCAUCCGAGGACCCAUGAUGCUUUGCGUAAUGGUCAACUUCUUCAUCUUCCUGAAAAUUCUCAAGCUUCUCAUUUCAAAGCUCAAAGCUCAUCAGAUGUGCUUCAGAGAUUAUAAAUACAGGCUGGCAAAGUCCACGCUGGUCCUCAUCUCUUUACUGGGUGUUCACGAGAUUGUCUUCUCUUUCGUCACGGACGAUCAAGUUGAAGGAUUUGCGAAACUUGUACGACUCUUCAUUCAGUUGACUCUGAGCUCCUUCCAUGGACUGCUCGUGGCCUUGCAGUAUUGCUUUGCCAAUGGAGAGGUGAAGGCAGAGCUGCGGGAGCAGUGGGCCCGCUUCUUGCUAGCCCACUACUCGGGCUGCAGAGCCUGGGUCCUGGAGAAGAACUUCCGAUUCCUGGGGAAAUGUCCCAAGAAGGUCCCGGAGGGGACUGGCGCCGGGACGCUGCAGAAGGCGCUGCCCUCGUCUGGCCGGGGCCAGUCGCUGCACUUGACCGCAGAUGGGCUGGGGCAGGCAGAAGCCCUGCCCCGCCAUGGCCACCCAGCCUGGCCCCGGGGCAGCAGCCUGUCGGAGAGCAGCGAGGGCGACUUCACCCUGGUCCACACCAUGGAGGAGAUUCUCGAGGAGAGUGAGAUCUAGACGGGGGCCACCGCGCCGACUCUGCUCUCUGGGGACUCCGGAGCCGGCCCAGGCCUGUGAUACUGGGGGGCCAAGGCAGCACCCCUCCCAUGCCCCCUCCCACUCCAACCAGACAUCUGUUUCUUGGAGGCUUUUCCUGCUCUGUUUGACAGUGGCUUCAUAAACACUCAUCGCUUCC